UCUUUGCCCUGUAUGCACAGGCUCUGCGUCAGCCAAUGGGAACGCGCCUCAUUUACUGUACGUAUUACGUAGCCGCAGCAGUAUUAGCUAGUAGCUUGCUAGGUGGUUUGCUAACAAGAAAGAAGAUGGACUCUCCCAUACUGGAACCAUCCUUGUACACUGUCAAAGCAAUUCUGAUUCUGGAUAACGAUGGAGACAGGCUUUAUGCCAAGUAUUAUGAUGAUACAUACCCGACAGUGAAGGAACAGAAGGCGUUUGAGAAGAACAUAUUCAACAAAACACACAGGACUGACAGUGAAAUUGCAUUACUGGAGGGCCUCACUGUUGUCUACAAGAGCAACAUAGACCUCUUCUUUUAUGUGAUCGGAAGUUCCCAUGAAAAUGAGCUUAUGCUUAUGGCUGUUCUAAACUGCCUUUUUGAUUCGCUCAGUCAGAUGUUGAGAAAGAAUGUUGAGAGAAGGGCUUUGUUGGAGAAUAUGGAGGGACUCUUCCUGGCCGUGGAUGAAAUUGUAGAUGGAGGGGUGAUUCUGGAGAGUGACCCACAACAAGUUGUGCACCGUGUGGCUCUCAGAGGGGAAGAUGUGCCUUUGACAGAGCAGACAGUCACCCAGGUUCUUCAGUCUGCCAAAGAACAGAUCAAGUGGUCGCUUCUACGAUAGUCACCGCUGCACCGGUCUACCAGUGAGCCGCUGCUUAUAUUGUAUGACAUAAUCAACAUGAGGAUAAGAUAUGAUGUACAUUCCAGUACGAAGACCAACCUGUUUUGUUUUGUUUGCUUUUUCAUUACAUCAUAUGGGUGUUUUAUUAAACCAAUUUAUCUGUCUAUAAAACAUUGAUAAGCCUCAUCAUAGCCUGUGGCAACAUUCCUUGUGUCUCCUUACACAAGAACUGUACAAAGUAUUGAGGCACUAUCUCUUAUCAUUUAAUUUACAUGGAUAUUGUGAUUAUAACGUGUACAACUCGUACUGUAGUAAUACCACUGAUCACAUGUUUUUAAUAAAUUUUGUCCGGAGAUCUUC